AUGUCGUAUUCGAGGUACAGGAGUCGUUCAAGGAGUGUGGACUCGAGUGAUGUUGAGAACCCUGGGAACAAUCUCUUCGUGACUGGUUUAUCAUCUCGUCUAACUGAUCGAGAUCUGGAGAAGCAUUUCUCUACAGAGGGAGAGGUGAUUGAUGCAAGUAUAGUACUUGAUCCAUGGACAAGGGAAUCACGGGGAUUUUGGUUUGUUACCAUGGCUACUCUUAAGGAGGCAGAACACUGCAUCAAAUAUCUCGACCGUUCAGUGCUGGAAGGUCGUGUCAUUACUGUUGAGAAGGCAAAGAGAAGACGAGGCCGAACCCCAACACCAGGAAGGUAUCUGGGCACCAAAUCAUCGCGUGGAAGGAGGUAUUCCCGAAGCAGGUCACCUGUUAGGAGAGACCGUUACAGCUCACGCUACUCGCCUGAGCGAGAACGCUCUUAUUCUCCUUAUCGCAGAGGACGAUCAUACUCUCGUCGUGACAGGCGUAGAUCAUACUCCCCUGAUGAAAGGAGGCGAUACUACUCUCCCUAUGGCAGAAGGAGAUCAUACUCUCCUUCUGACAGGUCGGAGUCUCCCUACGACAGGCGUAGGUCCUACUCACCCUAUGACAGGUCCUACUCACCCCGCCAUGGUCAUCGCCACCGUUCAAGAUCUCCAUACCGUUACAGAAGGCAGAGGUCGCACUCCCACGACCGUUCUGUUUCAGCAUACUACAGCAGGCGCUAUUCUCCAAGGAGCAGAAGACGGAGCUACUCUCGCAGCAUAUCGCCACGCAGGAGCUACUCCCGCAGCUGCUCCCCGGUUUCAGAAGAAUCAAGGAGCUGUUCUCCACGGAAAGGAUGCGCCGGAAGCAAGCCAUCACGCAGCAGGUCACCUGGCAAGAGGCGUUCUAGAGAAAGCUAUGCUCACAGCCGCAGUUCAUGCUCCAGGUCCGUCUCUCGGGAGCGCUCAACCUCAGCAAGCACAUGA